CUUAUCAACGCCUUUCAUUCAUGUCAUUUUGUUUCCAUAAUGGACGCACAAGCUUGGCCAGGCCAAUGCGCCGGCCUGCAGUGGCUUUUACUCGAGCCGUAGCGACCAAAGUGAAGACCACUGAGAUGCUGAAGGCAACCAGCAAGGUAGCGGAACAGCUCGACGCGACAGGCAUAUGGAAACGCAAAGGCGGUCGAAAAGCGAGUGGUGCUCCAAAAGCGAUAGAGCCUCAUAGAGUAAACAUUGUGAGCGAAAAGCUGUGCGAUGAUAUCAUAAAGUACAUGGGCGCCUCAUUAGAACGUCACAGAGGAUGCGAUUUGAUUGAUUUGAACCCUGGCGCGGGAGUCUGGAGUCGCAAGCUUCAUAAUUUCUUGGAGCCGCGAAAUCACAUCAUGAUGGACCUGGAUGCUGAGCUGUACAGCCCAUUUCUCAAAGAUCUGAUCUCGAAGGAAAACGUCCAGCUGAUCCCAAAAUCUGGUAUCGUAUGGAAGGAUCUAUUCGAAAUGGUAGAGACAAAUCUCUCUCACCAACAGGCUCUCUCUGCUGGAGCAGAGCCAACACGCAACGAUACUCUCCUGGUUACAGCCAACUUAUCCACAUUCCCCAAAAAGUCUUUCUUGGGCUUCGAUAGCAUGAGCACCAUGGUCAUGUAUCAGUUCAUGUCUAGCAUCAAGUCAUCUUCUUUGUUUCAGAAAUACGGGCUGGUGCGCAUGCUGCUAUGGGUAAAUGACGAAGAGAAGCGUCGACUCAUCCCUAAAUCUCUUAAUCGUCGCAAGCGAGGCUCAUUUGAAGCCGAGCUUUCCUGCGAGUGGAUUCAUGAAGUGGCAGGACAAGAGUUGGAAGCUGAGAACCGCCAUACGCUACGCGAUGAAUGGAUCAACAAAGAGUCUGCUCUCAAUACUCUAGGCAGGAUGCAGGCACAAGGCCUCACAAUGCCCAGGGGCCGAGGAGUGAAGACAUACAAAGAUUCGAUAAAAUCAAAGAAGCUCAUAGGGCGGAAACUAGCCGGAGUUCAUAUGCCUGAUAUCUCACGACCUUUCAAAAAGGAACUGGAAGACCUCGAACACGAGUUUGUAGAGGACAGUGUGGAAGCCUCUGACAGGCUUAAAUUCUUGCGUAGCAGAGAGAAGUAUGAAGUCAAUCACUACAAAUUAUUCUUGGAGCUGCUGCAGGGGUACGAGAGGAUAUCUGCUAUGACGGAGGAUGGCACGGGUGCGUUCGAGCAGGCUGAUAAAGAUUGGAACGAGAUGAUUGAGAAUCUCAAGAAAAACCAGCGAAUGGAGUUUAAUCUUCUACGAGACAGCUACCACUUAUUUCGCCAAGAUCCCCCAGCGUUACUCUGGGACCGACGAGCAUACGAACCGCUCGCCGCCAAGGCAGACGAAUUCUUUCCAAAUGCACCGACGGCCCUCCUGGAUAUCCAGCCCAAGGCCAUGCAUCCUCUACUGCGGCAAAUCGGCCCCAACAGCAAUCACGCCGGAGACAUAUCCGACGUCAUGCUGCGAUCUUGGUGGAACUUGACUCUUCUGCCAGUGCAUAAGGCGAUGGAUGGCCUGUGGCCCGGGUUUGGUGACUUGAUCACAGAGGUCUCCAGCUUGAAGGACAUCCAACGCGGAGGGACGAGGAUGACGGAACACGGGUCACUAAGCGCAAGGAGCAUCAACGAGGGGCAGUGGACCGAGAUACUCGAGACGUGGAUGAGAUGGCCGUUCAGGCCGACAUAUGGUCAGAUGCUAGGCAGGAUGUCAGAGGAUGAUGGGGAUGGGGACGAUGAAGACGUCAAGUCUGGUGCAUUGGGAGCGGUAGUUUAGAUCAUUUGAUGAUGGCCUGGUGCUUUUACUGUACGAUAAAUGAAUGCGGCUGUGGACGGUACAAUUGGACAAUUGUGGCUGCCAACUUAUGUAUCUGUAUAUAGACAUGGACAAUCACUAUAACAAUUAUGAAAUCACGAAUACAGGGUACGACUAUGACCGGG